AUGAGUUGUCAGUCUCACCUUCAGCCUCACCUCCCAGUUCUAGACAUGAUCUCGCUCGAUACUAUUCUGAGCACCGGAACUCAAACCAGUGCCCUGAGGUACCUGAAGUGUCACUUUGAUAAAGCGAGAUCGCCAUCAUGUAUCAUGUCGCAAACAGAUUUAUUCGCCCGAUACGUAUCCGGUUGGAUCUCGUACGCGUCAGACCUAUCUCAAAGACGAUCUCAGUUUCCUCAUCCCCGUCCAUAUAAGGCGGGUAUGGAACUGUUGGUAAAAGGAGGUGCUUGGCGAUACUAUGCAGGUAAUGAAACAUGA